AUGGGCGCGGCCAAAUUUAUCGCAAUCUCGCCAUUGCAAGACUGUCGCAUUUUCGACGACGCGCAUCACUCUGAGCAUGAACCUAUCAAGAUCAACGUAUCAUCACUGGUUAACGUCAAGGUCUGCCAAGCCAAUUGGGAGGUCGACACUGAGCUAUAUGGUAUAUACGAAGUUAGUGACGUCGAACAAUUGAGCGCACAGGUAGAACAAGCGUGGCUGGGGGAGCCCUUGGCACUACCUGAGAGCGCCAUCUUGGAGUCUCUUCAAGAUUUCCGCUGCAAGAUCUACCACCUACUCACGGAAUGCGGCGAUGCAAAAUGUCACGCCUCAGUGAUGCUGGCCGUCACAGUGAAAGUUGCAGAGCAGGACGCGGAGCAGCUCCAAAUUUGGUACGAAGAAGAACAUCUGGGCCUGAUGGCGAAAGUGCCAGGCUGGCUCCGCAGUCGCCGCUUCGAGCGAGUGCUACCGGCAGCAUCAGCGACUGAGAUGCGGUCCGAGGUGGAAUUCCUCGCUUUGUACGAUUUCGAGCAAAAUCACGGUCUCCAAGGAAUUGCACACAAGGCAGCAUCAGCUACGGCCAGAACAGCAGCCAUUCGCGAGAUUCUACGCAGCAAGGAUAAUAUGGUGCUGAGACAUGUGGCCGACCUGAAGCCCUCGACUCCAUCUUGA